AUGUUACUCCAACCCAUCACCACCUCAAAGACUCCUCUUCACCACCACAGCCACCACCAUGUUUCUCUCUCUUACUCCCUCUCAUUCCGUUCUGGGUUAUCCAGUUCUUCACUUAUUCGGCCCAUCACAAGCCAAAGAAAUCCGGGUAUUACAUGUUCUAUAUCACAGGCUUAUAGCUAUGGAACACUUGAUUAUGAGAGGAGGCCAGUAAUGAAAUGGAACACUGUGUACAAGAGAAUAUCUAUGAUGCAGAACCCAGAAAUGGGUCCGGCGGGUGUGUUGAAUCAGUGUGAGAAUGAGGGCAAGAAGUUAACGAAAUGGGAGCUUUCUAGGGUUGUUAAGGAGUUGAGGAAGUUCAGGCGUUUCAAGCUUGCUCUUGAGGUGUACGAGUGGAUGAACAACAGAGGGGAGAGGUUUAAAAUAUCCACUAGUGACGCUGCAAUUCAGUUAGAUCUAAUUGCCAAAGUGCAUGGAAUUUCAAGUGCUGAAGAUUACUUCAUGAAGUUGCCAGGUGCCUUAAAGGACAAACGGACAUAUGGGUCUCUUUUGAAUGCAUAUGUGCGCGCCAGAAUGAGAGACAAGGCUGAAUAUUUAAUUGAUCAAAUGAGAAAUAGAGAUUAUGCCAGCCAUGCCCUUCCGUUCAAUGUGAUGAUGACUCUCUACAUGAACCUAAAAGAUUAUGAUAAAGUUGACACAAUGGUUCAGGAGAUGAUGGAGAAAAAUAUACCAUUAGACAUAUAUACCUACAACAUCUGGUUAUCAUCCCGUGGAUCCCAAGGAUCUGCAGAAGAGAUGGAACAAGUUUUCGAACAGAUGAAGCUGGACAGGACCAUUAACCCCAACUGGACUACAUUCAGCACAAUGGCCACAAUAUACAUUAAGCAUGGGCAACUAGAAAAAGCCAAAGACUGUUUAAAGAACAUUGAGAGCAGAAUCACUGGUCGGGAUCGAAUGCCUUAUCAUUAUCUUAUUAGUCAUUAUGGUACUAUUGGUAACAAGGGGGAGGUUAACCGGAUGUGGAACCUUUACAAAUCAACUUUUCCCUAUGUUCCAAAUUUGGGAUACCAUGCUGUGAUCUCUUCUUUCAUUAGGCUGGGUGAUAUUGAAGUGGCAGAAAAGAUUUAUGAGGAAUGGCUGUCAAUUAAGAAUGCAUAUGACCCUAGAAUAGGAAAUCUACUGUUGGGUUUGUAUGUUAGGAAUGGAUUUUUGGAGAAAGCUGAGGCCUUCUUUAACCAAAUGGUUGAAGUGGGAGGAAAACCGAAUUCAAGCACAUGGGAGAUUUUGUCAGAAAGCCGUAUCAGAGAGGGUAUGAUUUCUGAGGCUUUGUCUUGCUUAAAAAAGGCCAUUUCAGCGGAGGGACCAAAGAACUGGAGACCAAAGCCUGUAAAUGUGUCUUCCAUUCUCAAGCUCUGCGAGCAAGAUGCUGAUAUGGUGAGUAAGGAGGAUUUGUUUGGGCUGUUGAGACAACUGGGCUGCCUUGAAGAUGAAGCUUAUAUGUCAUGUAUCCCCGGGUCUAAUGGGAUGGCCACUGGCAAUCAACUGCCAAUGGAAAAAGGUAGAACUGAUGAUGACGAUGGUGAUAAUGAUGAUGAGGAUGCUAAAAUGCUCCUCAACCAACUGCAAGGAAGCUUGUGAGGACUUGCUUCUUUCCACAUGCCAAGUAUCUAACAAAAUGAGCACAAUGCAUGGGGAGCUCUUUGCCUGAGUGGGAGUUUUACUUCUCAAAUGACUUCUCGUCAUUUUCUUGAGGUACAGAUGCAGCAAUUAAAUUCGACAUCGGGACGCCUUUGACCUGUAGAGAUGGUGAUAUGACAUGAUUUCAUUGUUUAUGCCUGGAACUUUAGGUUCAUUAAUCUUUCCUGGUAGGGGUCUACCGGUACUUAAAAUCUUGUACUUAGGCUAGGAUAUAAGAGGACCAAGAUGAAGCCAUAUGGGUUGGUUGUUCUGGUUUUCAUUUCCUUCUGUUUUUUACUACUAUUAUAUGCAUGUCUAUGUAUUACUGUGACCCGCAUAGUAAACCUGGUUAAAAACUCCAAUAUAGUCCAACCCAAAUCAAAUUUAGUAGUAAUGCUCGUGGA